AUGGUUGGCCAUGAAGGGCUUUCCGUCUCCAUCAGCAUUAAUGGAGGCAAUGGACGUAGGUCCCUCCGCGAGUACGAUGCACCCGGCGAGGAGCCGGGCAAACGCUCAGGGGGUCUGAAGAAAUUGCUCAACUAUGGUGCAGUACGCCGCGGCGACUUUAUUGACAUUACCGAUAUUGCGUACAAAGUCAAGUACAUUGAAGCCGUCUUGGGCCACCGUUUUAGUUUCCAUUUCAAAAAGGAUGGUGGUUUUCAGCGUGGCUGCCACCACCUCGGCAUUCAGUGGCAGAUCGAUGGCAACAACUCUAACAUCCACCAUGAAGAAAUCGACUCAAAGCAGCCAGACACUUCAUGGAUUGUCGAGUGCGACGGUAUUUACAAUGGCGUGUAUAAGCAUCUCUUCAAGUUUGGACAGGCCCAAAAUGGUGCGCGCCUGCCUCAACCCCUUCUCCCAUUAUCUCUCACCAUGGCUGCUGACGGAUUUCUAGUGGACAAUGGGCGCUCCCAGGACGAGAUCACACAGAGCUAUGGAACGCUCCGAUUAUUCGUCUACAAGAUGAACAAUCCCCCUGGUCAAAGUACCCAUGGAGGCCUUGUUGUGCCUGCCCGCCUGACAUUUGAGGACCCCAAAGAGGCUCUAAAGAGCAAAAACCUGCCCCUCAGCGUGCAUUUCGACGUGGAAAGAAGACCAGCUCUAUCGCUGGCUCAAACAGUAGAUGACUUCCAAGAUAAGCGGCAGCUACCUUUUGCCGUUUUCGAGUUUCGUUACAACUCCACAGGUCAGUGA